AUGGCUGUAAAACCGAUUUUGGCAUCAAGUUUGAUUGCAAAGGAAGAAAUAGGUCUAUUUGAGGAAAGAGCUCGGAAACGAUUGAGAGUGGGGACCGGAUGUGCUGCUGUUGAUGAUGCAUUGGAUGGCGGAUUCGUGUAUGGGCGAGAUGGGAUUUACAACAUUAGCGGGGCGACGGGGAGUCAGGGUGCUGAAACGAUAUCACUGCAACUUCUGAUCACACAUCUUUUGGCCUCUACCUCACAUACGGCAACGCUCAUUGAUGCAACUGGCAACUUGGACGUCUUGAAACUCUACCGAAGCAUCAUAACCCGACUUUCAAACAGCAACCACGAUCAUGAAGCCAACGUCACACUUGCAACUUCAACACUGGACAGAGUAAAAAUCAUGCGAGUGUUUGAUUUUGAAGGUGUGGUUGAAGGUCUGAACGAAUUGAUCGAUGACUUGGAAGGGAGAAAUGUGCCCAAGAACACAAUUGGAGAUAGCCAGGAAGAAGCAGAGGACGAGAUGCUGGACGUGGGUUCUGAGGAGAAAGUAGAGGAAGAGAAGAAGGAACAGGCAGGUAUGGUUCUGAUUAACAAUCUGAGUCAAGUGCUGGGUUUGCUUCUGAAGAACAAUUAUGCGCAGGGACAAGCCACUCUCACCACUCUCGUUCGCCGUCUUCGAAACACGGCAAAAGAACACAACCUCUGCAUAAUCCUACUAAGCUGGAGUGUCACCUACGGAAGCGAUCAAGAAAGAGUAUCGAUCUUUGAAUCCAUCAAAGCAAGACCUGGGCUAGGCAAAUCAUUGGGUUAUCUCGUCGACACUCAACUCCUCAUCGACGCCAUCCCCAGAACAGCAAAAGGAAAGGGAGCUGCAAGCGACAUGGUCAAUGUGAUUGAAGUGAUAUACAGCGGAGGAAACCACCAAGCAGGGAAAUUCGGCGUAUUCGAUAUCACUGUCGAUGGAGAAAUCAACCCCAUGUAG